AUGGCCGGUCGUAACAACCACAGCUCCCAGAUGAAAGCUGCCCUGCAGCAAGACGACCCCAUGGAGGACAAGGACAGGGGUCAGGGGGUCAAACGCCGCCCAAGCAGCGAGUUCCCUGUUGGAAACCUGGUCGACAUUGACGACACUCCGGUCACCAAAUCACCGCACGGAGACAGUGAGAGAGAAAGAGAUGGAGAAAGGGAGAAAGAGGGAGGAAGACAGAGACAGAAAGAGAGGGAAAGAGAAAGAGAAAGGGAGAAGAAGAGGGAUGGAGGAAGGGAAAGACAGAUGGAGGGGGCGAGGGAAGGAGAGAGGGAUGGAGGAAGGGAAGGAGAGAUGGAGGGUGGCGAGGGUAGGAGAGAGGGAUGGAGGAAGGGAAGGAGAGAUGGAUGGAGUAAGGGAAAGAGAGAUGGAGGGGGCGAGGGAAGGAGAGAGGGAUGGAGGAAGGGAAGGAGAGAUGGAGGUGGCGAGGGUAGGAGAGAGGGAUGGAGGAAGGGAAGGAGAGAUGGAGGUGGCGAGGGUAGGAGAGAGGGAUGGAGGAAGGGAAGGAGAGAUGGAGUGGGCGAGGGAAGGAGAGAGGGAUGGAGUAAGGGAAAGAGAGAUGGAGGGGGCGAGGGAAGGAGAGAGGGAUGGAGGAAGGGAAGGAGAGAUGGAGGGGGCGAGGGAAGGAGAGAGGGAUAUAGGGUUGGAAAGAGAGAGGGGGAGAGAGGGAGCGAGGGCUGAGGAGGAGAAGAGGUCGUGCUGCUCUCUCUCUGAGCUGAAGAAAGUCCCUAAGUGUUACGUGGAGCUGGAGCCACUGUCCUUCAGCAGAACUCACACCGUCCUCAUAGAUGUAAGACUCUCUGACAUCGCUCUGUCUGGUUUGAAUGACUGUGUGUCUUUUUUUGUUUGUGAUUAUGGAGAGAAUGAGGAGGAGGAGGUAGAGAGAGAUCGUUAAAACAGCUCAAUAAAAAAUAUCGUAUUUAAAGCGACAGAGUGAACUGGAUCUUUUACACCAGAAAAUAAACUACAAUGGAGUUUUGAAAUCAUUGCUUUCUCUCACAGAUCAUUCAUGUCUCUCUCUACCUUCCCUAUUCAGGUGAAUGAGAUCCACCCUAAAUCGACAUUAAAAGCUCAGUCUGGACAGCAUGUGUGGAACAGGGACUUUGUUAAGAUGCCCUGCUCACCAGAAAGCCUCAUCAAGACUGGAUCGGUGGGUUCAUUGAUUGAUUCAUUUACUGAUUAAUUUAGACAUUUUGUCGAUUGAUUGGUUCAUUGAAUGCUUCGUUGAUUGGUUAAUUGGUUGAGUGGUUAGUUGGUUGAUUGGUCAGUUGGUUGAUUGAUUGGUUAGUUGCUUGAUCAGUUAGUUGGUUGAUUGGUUAUGCAUUAUUUGUCGAUUGAUUGGUUUAUUGAAUGUUUGGUUGAUUGAUUCAUUGAUUGAUUGGUUUGUUGGCUGAAUUAUUGAUUUUUAGUAGGUUGAGUGGUUAGUUGGUUGAGUGGUUAGUUGGUUGAGUGGUUAGUUUGUUGAUUGGUAAGUUGGUUGAGUGGUAAGUUAGUUGAUUGGUCAGUUGGUUGAUUGAUUGGUUAGUUGCUUGAUUGUUAAGUUGGUUAAUUGGUUAGUUGCUUGAUUGCUUAUACAGUAUUUGUCGAUUGAUUGGUUUAUUGAAUGUUUAGUUGAUUGGUUAAUUGAUUGAUUGGUUUGUUGGCUGAAUUAUUGAUUUGUUAGUAGAUUGCAUGGUUAGUUGGUUUAGUGGUUAGUUGGUUGAUUGGUCAGUUGCUUGAAUGGUUAGUUGGUUGAUUGGUUAGUUGGUUGAUUGGUUAGUUGGUUGAUUGGUUAGUUGGUUGAUUGGUCAGUUGAUUGAUUUACUUUUCCCAGGUAAUCAGCUUUGAGCGAGGUCGGUGGGAGGUGGUCUUUAAACAACUGGAUAGUCUGGCCAAGAAGACCACUGCAUCAGUGGGUGACGUAGAGGUACGACACAAACACACACACACACACUCAUUUACAUUUACAUUUACGUCAUUUAGCAGACGCUCUUAUCCAGAGCGACUUACAAAUUGGUGCAUUCACCUUAUAGCCAGUGGGAUAACCACUUUACAAUUUCUUUUUUUGGGGGGGUGGGGUGGGGUAAGGGGGGGUAGAAGGAUUACUUUAUCCUAUCCCAGGUAUUCCUUAAAGAGGUGGGGUUUCAAAUGUCUCCGGAAGGUGGUGAGUGACUCCGCUGUCCUGGCGUCGUGAGGGAGCUUGUUCCACCAUUGGGGUGCCAGAGCAGCGAACAGUUUUGACUGGGCUGAGCGGGAACUGUGCUUCCGCAGAGGUAGGGGAGCCAGCAGGCCAGAGGUGGAUGAACGCAAUGCCCUCGUUUGGGUGUAGGGAAUGAUCAGAGCCUGAAGGUAAGGAGGUGCCGUUCCCCUCACAGCUCCGUAGGCAAGCACCAUGGUCUUGUAGCAGAUGCAAGCUUCAACUGGAAGCCAGUGGAGUGUGCGGAGGAGCGGGGUGACGUGAGAGAACUUGGGAAGGUUGAACACCAGACGGGCUGCGGCAUUCUGGAUGAGUUGUAGGGGUUUAAUGGCACAUGCAGGGAGCCCAGCCAACAGCGAGUUGCAGUAAUCCAGACGGGAGAUGACAAGUGCCUGGAUUAGGACCUGUGCCGCUUCCUGUGUAAGGCAGGGUCGUACUCUCCGAAUGUUGUAGAGCAUGAACCUACAGGAUCGGGUCACCGCCUUGAUGUUAGCGGAGAACGACAGGGUGUUGUCCAGGGUCACGACAAGGCUCUUCGCACUCUGGGAGGAGGACACAACGGAGUUGUCAACCGUGAUGGCGAGAUCAUGGAACGGGCAGUCCUUCCCCGGGAGGAAGAGCAGCUCCGUCUUGCCAAGGUUCAGCUUGAGGUGGUGAUCCGUCAUCCACACUGAUAUGUUUGCCAGACAUGCAGAGAUGCGAUUCGCCACCUGGUUAUCAGAAGGGGGAAAGGAGAAGAUUAGUUGUGUGUCGUCUGCGUAGCAAUGAUAGGAGAGGCCAUGUGAGGAUAUGACAGAGCCAAGUGACUUGGUGUAUAGCGAGAAUAGGAGAGGGCCUAGAACUGAGCCCUGGGGGACACCAGUGGUGAGAGCACGUGGUGCGGAGACAGCUUCUCGCCACGCCACUUGGUAGGAGCGACCGGUCAGGUAGGACGCAAUCCAAGAGUGAGCCGCGCCGGAGAUGCCCAACUCGAAGAGGGUGGAGAGGAGGAUCUGAUGGUUCACAGUAUCAAAGGCAGCAGACAGGUCUAGAAGGACAAGAGCAGAGGAGAGAGAGUUAGCUUUAGCAGUGCGGAGAGCCUCCGUGACACAGAGACGAGCAGUCUCAGUUGAAUGACCAGUCUUGAAACCUGACUGGUUUGGAUCAAGAAGGUCAUUCUGAGAGAGAUAGCAAGAGAGUUGGCCAAAGACGGCACGCUCAAGAGUUUUGGAGAGAAAAGAAAGAAGGGAUACUGGUCUGUAGUUGUUGACAUCAGAGGGAUCGAGUGUUGGUUUUUUGAGAAGGGGUGCAACUCUCGCUCUCUUGAAGACGGAAGGGACAUAGCCAGCGGUCAAGGAUGAGUUGAUCAGCAAGGUGAGGUAAGGGAGAAGGUCACCGGAGAUGGUCUGGAGAAGAGAGGAGGGGAUAGGGUCAAGCGACAGGUUGUUGGGCGGCCGGCCGUCACAAGUCGCAAGAUUUUAUCUGGAGAGAGAGGGGAGAAAGAAGUCAAAGCAUAGGGUAAGGCAGUGUGAGCAGGACCAGUAAUGUCAUUUGACUUAACAAACGAGGAUCGGAUGUCGUCAACCUUCUUUUCAAAAUGGUUGACGAAGUAAUCCACAGAGAGGGAGGAGGGGGGGAGGGGGGGGAGGAUUCAGCAGGGAGGAGAAGGUGGCAAAGAGCUUCCUAGGGUUAGAGGCAGAUGCUUGGAAUUUAGAGUGGUAGAAAGUGGCCUUAGCAGCAGAAACAGAUGAAGAAAAUGUAGAGAGGAGGGAGUGAAAAGAUGUCAGGUCCGCAGGGAGUCUAGUUUUCCUCCAUUUCCGCUCAGCUGCCUGGAGCCCUGUUCUGUGAGCUCGCAAUGAGUCAUCAAGCCACGGAGCUGGAUGGGAGGACCGAGCCGGCCGGGAGGAUAGGGGACAUAGAGAGUCAAAGGAUGCAGAAAGGGAGGAGAGGAGGGUUGAGGAGGCAGAAUCAGGAGAUUGGCGGGAGAAGGAUUGAGCAGAGGGAAUAGAUGAUAGGAUGGAAGAGGAGAGAGUAGCGGGAGAGAGAGAGCGAAGGUUGCGACGGCGCAUUACCAUCUGAGUAGGGGCAGAGUGAGUAGUGUUGGAGGAGAGCGAGAGAGAAAAGGAUACAAAGUAGUGGUCGGAGACAUGGAGGGGAGUUGCAGUGCCCCUAUUAUCCUAACAUUUCCUAACAUGCCUCCUCAUGUUAACUUGGGUUUGGGGUAACAGUUAAGGUAGGGGUUAGCAUGUUUGACCAGUACUGUGUAACUAUGAUCUUCAUGUUUCUCUCCACUUAGAAAGCCAUAAAGAAAUACAACCCAAAGUAUGAAAACCAAUGGUCCUUUGAUGCCCUGCACACCUUUGUUCAGGUCAGUUACAAGUUCACUGUGAAUGGUCAACACUCUCUAAUGGUGUUGUUGUGUAUAAUUAAGCAAUAAGGCAUGAGAACCCAGGAUUAUCGUCUGAAUAACUUCCGAUUAAGGCCUGACACGGAGCGGAGGGCCGGGGUGUUAUUCCUAAUAAUUCCCGGGUUCGAGGGCCUUAUUGCUUUUGUAAAACGGUUACCAACAAAGAUGAAUGACAUGUUUUAAUUGAAAAAGUAUUUAUUUCAUUCUUCCACCAGACAUUAUAGUCCAGGCAAAAUCCACUGUGGGAUUCUGAAGUUGCUAGCCAAACAAGCUGGUUCUCCAUUCCAAAUGUUCUAAGCAAAAAUGGUUGCCAUGAAGGCUAGCUACUUCUCCUUUGCUAGCUAGACAACUAAGGCCUAGAUUCAAUCAGAUCAAGCGUUAACCGGCGAUAGCAGACACCUGCAUUGCAGAUGUUUGGCGUGUCGGAUGUGGAACUGGGUUGGAGCCAUCAAAUUGGUGAGCAGCUGCUCUUGCGAUCAUUGUCACACCCAUCCCACUCGCGUUUAGAACGAGAAAGUGUAGUCUAUAUAGAAAUAAUUACGCUCAAACUGAAAAAUCAUUCAACAAAAUAUUUAUGAUUUCUAUUAUCCUAAUUGAGGUGUAGAUUACAUCUCACAUUCCAGUGUUCGAACUUGUAAACAAGGCUGCAUGGGAUUGCAACCUGAUCUCAGAGCAUUUCGUGUUAUUCCGUAGGUAAAUCCAAGACACUCCAUGUAGUAUGAUAUGUUACGUUUCGGAUGGUAUGUAUUAAUUUGUGGAUGUCCAUCACCCAUUUCGUAUCAAAUCAAAUUGUAUUUGUCACAUGCGCCGAAUACAACAGGUCUAGUAGACCUUACCGUGAAAUGCUUACUUACAAGCCCUUAACCAACAAUGCAGUUUUAAGAAAAAUAAGAGUUAAGAAAAUAUUUACUGAAUAAACUAAAGUAAAACAAUAAAAGAGCAACAGUCCGGGUAGCCAUUUGAUUAGCUGUUAAGCAGUCUCAUGGCUUGGGGGUAGAAGCUGUUAAGAAGCCUUUUGGACCUAGACUUGGCGCCCGGUACUGCUUGCCAUGCGGUAGCAGAGAGAACAGUCUAUGACUAGGGUGGCUGGAGUCUUUGGCUAUUUUUAGGGCCUUCCCCUGACACUGCCUGGUAUAGAGGUCGUUGGAUGGCAGGAAGCUUGGCCCCAUUGAAGUGCUGGGCGGACGCACUACCCUCUGUAGCGCCUUGCGGUCGGAGGCCGAGUAGUUGCCAUACCAGGCAGUGAUGCAACCAGUCAGGAUGCUCUCGAUGGUGCAGCUGUAUAACUUUUUGAGGAUCUGCGAACCCAUGCCAAAUCUUGUUCAGUCUCCUGAGGGGGAAUAGGCAUUGUCGUUCCCUCUUCACGACUGUCUUGGUGUGUUUGGACCAUGAUAGUUUGUUGGUGAUGUGGACACCAAGGAACUUGAAGCUCUCAACCUGCUCCACUACAGCCCCGUCAAUGAGAAUGGGGAAGUGCUCGACCCUACUUUUCCUGUAGCCCACGAUCAUCUCCAUUGUCUUGAUCAUGUUGAGGGAGAGGUUGUUGUCCUGCCACCACACUGCCAGGUCUCUGACCUCCUCCCUAUAGGCUGUCUCAUCGUUGUUGGUGAUCAGGCCUACCACCGUUGUGUCAUCGGCAAACUUAGUGAUGGUGUUGGAGUCGUGCUUGGCCACGCAGUCAUGGGUGAACAGGGAAUACAGGAGGGAACUAAGCACGCACCCCUGAGGGGCCCCCGUGUUGAGGAUCAGCAUGGCAGAUGUGUUGCUGCCUACCCUUACCACCUGGGGGCGGCCCGUCAGGAAGUCCAGGAUCCAGUUGCAUAGGGAGGUGUUUAGACCCAGGGUCCUUAGCUUAGUGAUGAGCAUUGAGGGCACUAUGGUGUUGAACACUGAGCUGUAGUCAAUGAAUACUGAUAUGAUACUGUAUGUUACAAAUUACAAUUCGUAUAUUUUGUGUUACGAAUUUUCAAAAAGCACAAUAUGUUACAAAUUUGCAAAACGUGUUAUAUGUUAGAAUUUGCUAAACAUACAAUAUGUUAUUAAUUUUCUAAAAGUACAAUAUGUUAUGAAUUUUCAAAACAUAUGAUAUGUUACGAAUUCUAGCUAGGUGGCUAGGUGCUAAUGUUAGCUAGCUCGCUAACGUUAGCUAGGCUAGUGGUUAGGGUUAGGAGUUAGGGUUAAGUUUAGGAGUUUGGUUAUAGGGUUGAGGUUAGGGUUAGCUAAAAGGGUUAAGAUUAUGGUUAGGUGAAGGUUUAGCUAAAAUGCUAAAGUUGUCCAUGAUGAGAUUCGAACUCGCAAACUUUGGGCUGCUAGAUGUUCUCAUUAUACACCCACGCAUCCACCCUGACCAACCACCCUACUUUAAUUUUUGCGUUAAGUAACCAUCUGUCUUAUGUAAUCAUACCAAACGUAACAUAUCAUACUAAAUGGUUGUCUCGGAUUUACAUACAGAAUAAUUCGUUCUGAGACCAGGUUGGGGAUUUCACUUAAUGCGACUCCAUGCAGCCAUUGUCAAUGUCCGCUUUAGGUAUAAUGCCAGGAACUACUUGUGCAUUAGACAGCGCUAACGCAGUUCCACCUCUGACACUGUCAAAACAACCAUUAUGGAUGUUGGCUAAAGUGGAUCUGAUUGAAUAGAGCCCUAAAGCUAACACACAAUCAUAUCAAGCAGCUGAAAUUACAGCCAGCUAUGUCCAUUUUCAUUUGUUUUACGUUUGUUUCUAUUGCCAUUUAUUUUGAUGUUUCCAUUAUAAUGAUCCUGAUAAAUGAAUUGGCCUGGCUCAGAGAAGCUGUCAGUCUCGUCAUGUUCAAUCUCUCUAUGGCACGGUGGAGAUCGCAAAAAAAUACUACAUUGUUGCACAGGUUGGAGAGGCAGGCAGCAAUGUUUAGACAAACCCCAGCUGUUGCAAAGAAAAUGCUAGCCUAGUAGCAUGGGAAAAUAAUGUCUAGACACUUUUUUCCAUGGGAGAUUAAGUUUAUAAAUUGCCUGGCUGGGCUGUGGGACAGUGGAUGCACAUUGAUAAUUCAAAUGGAACUGUUAACAGGCAUUACCCAGGGAUUGUGGUGAAUAACUCCCUGCAAUCAACCAAUCAGCAUCCAGGACCCAAACAACCCAUUUUACAAUUAUAUAUAUUCUCCUCUCCCUCUCUCCUCUAGUUUAUAAUGAUAUAUAUUCUCCUCUCCCUCUCACCUCUAGGAAGCGCCUAAAGAAGAGAACUACUACACUUCUGUUUUUCCUAAGAUAGCAGAGCUGGCCUCCAGACUGCCUCACCAUAUCAAGAAGGUAACAACAUAGGAACUGAAUGAUGUACACAAUGUAGGCUACAGAAAUAGUGCACUAGAGUACAGAGGUAGUGUACUAUGUAGGGUACAGAGGUAGUGUACUAUGGUACAGAGUUAGUGUACUGUGUAGGGUACAGAGGUAGUGUACUAGGGUACAGAGGUAGUGUACUAUGUAGGGUACAGAGGUAGUGUACUAUGUAGAGUACAGAGGUAGUGCACUAGGGUACAGAGGUAGUGUAUUAUAUAGGGUACAGAGGUAGUGUACUAUGUAGGGUACAGAGGUAGUGUACUAUGUAGGGUACAGAUUGUAGAGGUACUCUAUGUGUCUUCCCUACUCAGUCUGAUAACAUUUUUACAUUUUACAUUUUUGUCAUUUAGCAGACGCUCUUAUCCAGAGCAAUUAGGGUUAAGUGCCUUGCUCAAGGGCACAUCGACAGAUUUUUCACUUAGUCGGCUCGGGGAUUAGAACCAGUGACCUUUCGGUUACUGGCACAACGCUCCUAACCACUAAGCUACCUGCCACCUGUUAAAUGUUUGUGUGUGUGUGUGUGUGUGUGUGUGUGGUGUGUGUGUGUGUGUGUGUGUGUGUGUGUGUGUGUGUGUGUGUGUGUGCGUGUGUGCGUGCGUGCGUGCGUGCGUGCGUGCGUGCGUGCGUGCGUGCGUGCGUGCGUGCGUGCGUGCGUGCGUGCGUGCGUGCGUGCGUGCGUGCGUGUGUCUAACUGUGUGUGUGUGUCUAACUGUGUGUGUGUGUAGGCCAUUCCCCUGCUCCAGAGAGGCCAGACUCAUUCCAUCACGUUGUCCCAGAGUCAGAUAGCUUGUCUGCUGGCCAAUGCCUUCUACUGCACCUUCCCCCACCGCAACUCCCCCAACCCCAGAGCAGAGUACAACAACUACCCCACCAUCAACUUUAACAGGUCAGAAUACACACAACAAACUCCACUGAGGACCCACACACAUAGAGACAAACACUAAGUAUUCCAACUUCAACAGAUGAUAACAUGUGACCACUGUAUCUCUCUGUGUUGUCAGUCUGUUUGGAAAGUGGUCUGAGAGGAAGAGAGAGAAGCUGAGAGCCAUCCUUCAUUACUUCCACACUGUCACAGACCAAGGUAAGUUACUACCACACACUACUAUAGUCACUAUAAUGACUGGAAUACAAGUACUGUAGUGUACUUUAGGGUACUAUGUAGGUUACAGGAACCUAUUUAAGACAUAGUCUGAUGAGUGUAGAUGAGGAAUACCCUCUGAUAAUAGUUGCUGUGGGAACCAGGUUUACCUGAGCUUUGACCCUUGUUGUUGUCAUGACAGCGACCAGGCCCAGUGGACUGGUGACCUUUGAGAGGCGCUACAUCAGCGACAGAGACAUGCCCAACUGGAGGAGGUACAUACACACAGACACACACACACACACACACACACAGACACACACACACACAGACCAACUUAAUUUGUCCCCUCUUCUAUUUCUCUGUGUGUCAGUUGUAAGGAGACUGUUCCUAAACUCCACGUCACCUCAGCAGGCUGCAUAGAGGAACAGGGAACAGGGAUGCUACAGGUUGGUGACAGCUCCAGGCUUGUGUAUGUGUGUGUGUGUGUGUGUGUGUGUAAAAAAUGUUUUGUGUGUGUGGUGGUUUGUGUAUGUGUACUAAUGUGUGUGUGUGUAAUGCUGGGGACAUACUGAACUAUACUUGAAGACCAGAAGUCCCCACAAGAAUAGUAAACAAACAAACAUUUGACCAACUGGGGACAUUUUGUUAGUUGGGUUAAGGUUAGAGUUAGGGUUUGGGUAAGGUUUAGGGUUAGGGUUAGGGUUAGGGUUAGGAUUAGGGGUUAAGGAAAAUAGGAUUUUGAAUGGGACUGAAUUUUGUGUGUGUAUGUGUGUGUUGCAGGUGGACUUUGCCUGUAAGAUGAUAGGAGGUGGAGUUUUGGGCUCAGGUCUGGUUCAGGAGGAGAUUCUGUUCCUGAUGAACCCAGAACUCAUCGUAUCUCGACUCUUCACUGAGAGACUAGGAGACAACGAGUGUCUCUUCAUCACAGGUGUGUGUGUGUGUGUGUGUGUGUGUAUGUGUGUGCGUGUGUGUGUGAUCACAGGUUAUACCUACCACCCUUUAUAACUCUCCCCCUCUCUCUCUGUCACGUCUUAUCUCUCUCUCUCUCUCUCUCUCUCUCUCUCUCUCUCUCUCUCUCUCUCUCUCUCUCUCUCUCUCUCUCUCUCUCUCUCUCUCUCUGUAGGCUCUCAACAGUUCAGUCAGUACAGUGGCUACAGCGACUCUUUUAAGUGGAAAGGGCCUCACAGAGACAACAUUGAGAGGUGAGCACACACACACACACACACUCACUAAAAUCCCUGAUUGCGCUGCCUGUGUUUGCAGGGAUGAAUGGCAGAGGCUACACAGGCAGAUUGUAGCCAUGGAUGCUCUCCACUUCAGACACCAGAGAGAACAGUACAACAUGAGACAGGUCACCAGGGAACUCAACAAGGUGAGAGACAACCCUCCUCUCCUGUAGGGGACAGACUGCAGCUGAUUAGUAGAAUCAGGUGUGCUAGCUAGAGCAGGGCUGGAGAUAAAUCUGAUGUCGGUGGUCUCCUGUGAUAUCCUCCCUCAGGCGUACUGUGGCUUUAAGGCAGGUGACAACACUCACCCAGACCUCCUUCCUGACAUCGCCACGGGCAACUGGGGCUGCGGAGCCUUCAAUGGAGACCCCAAACUUAAAGGUAGCCCUAACUGUUGACCCUGGCUCCUAACCCCCCAAACACUAACUCAACUCUACCCACAGGAUAUUCUACAUAGACCCACUCUGAAAAUUCACAGAAAAUGAUACUGUGAUCUGAUUGGUUGUUUUUACCCUCCCAGCUCUGAUCCAGCUGAUGGCUGCAGCCAGGGCUCAGAGGGGCGUGGCCUUCUUCACCUUCAAGAACUUCAGUUUGGAGAGAGAGCUGCAGAACAUGCACCACCUACUGGUCACACACAGAACUACAGUGGGUGAGUUAGUACACACAGAACUACAGUGGGUGAGUUAGUACACACACAACUACAGUAGGUGAGUUAGUACACACAGAACUAUAGUGGGUGAGUUAGUACACACAGAACUACAGUAGGUGAGUUAGUACACACAGAACUACAGUGGGUGAGUUAGUACACACACAACUACAGUAGGUGAGUUAGUACACACACAACUACAGUAGGUGAGUUAGUACACACAGAACUAUAGUGGGUGAGUUAGUACACACAGAACUACAGUAGGUGAGUUAGUACACACAGAACUACAGUGGGUGAGUUAGUACACACACAACUACAGUAGGUGAGUUAGUACACACAGAACUAUAGUGGGUGAGUUAGUACACACAGAACUACAGUGGGUGAGUUAGUACACACAUAACUACAGUGGGUGAGUUAGUACACACAGAACUACAGUAGGUGAGUUAGUACACACAGAACUACAGUAGGUGAGUUACCAUAGAUAGUACACACAGAACUACAGUGGGUGAGUUACCAUAGUACAGACUCAGAACUACAGUAGAUGAGUUACCAUAGAUAGCAGACACACAGGACUACAGUGGGUGAGUAACUAUAGCAACUAUUAGACUACAGGAGGUGAAACCUGAUCUGAAAGUCCUCCUUCCCUUUACUGUGUUUAGUCAAACCUCAUAUCCUCUUAGUGGCUGUGUAAAUAAAGUUUGAUUGAUUGAUUCCUCUCCCCUGUCUCAGGUAAACUGUAUGAGUUGCUGGAUGACUACUGUGCUGUGAUACAGUUGGCUCACACACAUGUGGACCUGUUUGACUGGAUCAGGAACACCCUGAAACACAGGAGUCAGCUGUGAGGACACAUCUCAAUCCUCUAAAGGAGCUUCCUUUCCUUGUCUCCUUUCCUUUUUAGCAUUAUUGAGAUGCACCCCAGAGAUAGAGUGGCUCUAUGAAUGAUCUGUGGAUAGAAACAUGGUACAAUUCCAAGUAGUGGUUGAUUAUGAAUGUGUUUGUCUUUUCACUACUACACAUUUCCUAAAUCAAACUGAGAAGGUAUACAGGGCUUUAUAACUGAUGCACACUGACAUAUUUAGUUAAUAAUAUAUAAUAUGCCAUUUAGCAGACGCU